UGUAUGUAGCAACAAUGGCUGAGUUGGAUUUAAUUCGAGAAUUAAAUAUAUAUUCCUCGGAGGAAGAUGACCUCAGAAAUAAUGUCCUCGCUUUGGAAAGCUACAGGGUGGUUGGAGAUGAAUCUCUCAGACCUUCUUUGGCCGAGCAAAGAAAAGUUGGGUUCUUCCGUCUGGACAGGCCGACACAAACAGAGGUCACAGAGAUAGUUGACCUCCAGGAGAUGACAGAAGUUCUGCAAACACUGUUACAGGAUGUGAAUAUCUUAAAAAGAGAAAUCCACACAGCUAGGGGGCUCAUGUUAGCUGACUUUGAGUCAAAGUUACAGAAGAAAGCACUGGAACUUUACUGCCGCAUCAACAGCAGAGUAGAUGAAUUAGAAAAGAUGCAUGCAGAUAGAGUUGGUGUCAUUAGAAGAGCCUUCAGACAACAGUUAUCAGAUGCACUUUCCAAUGUGGCAUCCAUAUUUGAUAAAAACUAUCAGAACAAGAUGAACAGUGACCAGAAGAAGAAGAACGCCAAGGCCGACAAGUUGGAGGCAAAGAUUAGGGAGCUGCAGGGCGUGAUCCAGAGAAAUGAUAUGGUGAUAGAGAUGCUGAAAACGCAGCUGGCACAGUAUUCUAAACAGGCUGCAGAGGAGGAGGAAGAAAGCAGACCUCCCACAAAGUCCCCGAGUAUCAACCCAGAGUUGGACGACCUGAGAGAGAAUGUUUUCAACUUGGAAAAUAAAGUGUCGGAGCUGGAGAAAGCUCUGGAUACCAAGACAGACUUAGCAGCUAAUCUAAGUGAUGAAGUGGAUGGGAUCACAAAGAAACUGGAGCAGGAGAAGAGAGUCACCAGACAGCUUCAAGAGGAAUUAGAGAAUCUGAGGGAAAACAGUGAACAAGAAAUGGCUGAAGCAAGAAGAAUGAGUCUCGCUGAGCAACAAAUUCUUGAACUACAGAGACAAAUUGAGCAGCAGAGAAUAGAAAUGGAACAAGAAAUGAAUGAGAAGACAAAACAAGCCAGAGAUGAGGUACUCUCCAUGGCGAGGUCAGAGGCAGCAGCAAUGGCAGAUUCAGAAGGAAAGAAAGUCAUGAAACUGAUGGAAGAGAAGAAAAAGUUGGAGGAACAGUUAGCAAAGGAGCGCGCCCUGGUGGCAGAGCUUUCCAAGAAGAAGGCAGAGCCUGUGGUGGAGAAGAAGGAAGAGAAAGUGAUCACAGACGUAGAUAAGAUCAUCCUCAGUGAACAGAAAUGGAGAGUUAUGGUGGCUAAGAUGAAGAAAGAGCUUGAGAAGACACACAAAAUGUGGGAGAAGAAAUUUGCCAUCUUGCAGCACAGUUUACACGCUCUGAAGGAUGAGAGCUUCUUGAGGCAGACACUACAGAAACAGGCUGCCACACUACACCAUGCUGCAGUUAGUUAUGCUACUGACACACCAUUGGCUAUCCUCCCCACCAGACCACCCAACUCUCCCACCAAAAAACCUCUGCCUGAAAUUCCUAGUCGUGCCAAAUCACCAGCCAAUGGUCUGAUUGAUGAUGAGAACCAAGUGAUGUCAGACGAUGAUCAAGGUUUGCCUCCAGGAGUUGUUCCCCUUCCAACACCUCCAGCCAGAAACCUGACUGACUGUGCCGACGACAGCCGCCCCUCUACCAGAACUCAUGUAGUGAUGAUUCCCUCAGUGGAGGCACAGUAAAUACUGCAGACUGUCCUCUUACUACCUACAAGCUUGACCAGAACCCACGUGGUGAUGAUACCCUCAGUGGAGGCACAGUAAACACUGCAGACUGCCCUCUUAUUACCUACCAGCUUGAUCAGAGAGAAGAGAGUUCCUAAAUUUGCGUAGAUCAUCCCUUGAAGUAGCCACAUGAAGACAGUCAACAAGGAGGCCAGUGUGUUUCCCAGGACUCUCUCUUCCUUAAUGCACGUUGGCUAAAUGCUGAAGUAGCCAUAUUUGGAUUGGGAAAGUGUUAACUAUUUUCUUGACUGUUUUACUCAAAUUAAUUUAAAUUAAAAGAGGUCAAACUUUUUUGAAUUCAGCAAUCUGGCUAAAAGGCUUCAAAUCUUCCCCAGCAGUAAAGGGUAGUUCUUUGUGUAGAGGCAUGCUUAUUGACAGUUAUGAUCAUCAUCAGGUCAGUGGAAGUUUCAGAAUCACACCAUUUUCCUGAAAGCACAAUAAGGGCAUGCUUACACUGAUGAUGGACUGACCCUUUUUUUGGUAGCCAGCAGUUGAAGCCAGAGUCACCAUAAGAUAGAGUUUAUCAGUUGCCAAGAACAUGGCAAGAGCAUUUUGCCCUUUAGCACAUAACGUACCACUUUACACUUCAUCAUAGAAAAAAAUUCUUACCUUUAUGAAAUUGAGCUUUGUAGUUUCAAAUGUGGUUUGAAAUCAUUUUGUGCUAUGGUGGAUGUCAACUUUUCAGUCAAUCCUUACAUCUAUUUGACAUUGUUCAAUUUGGUUAUGCAAUACCGAGGGCAAACUUUGGAUAAAUAUUGUGACACUGACAUUUCUCCAUCUCCUUUCUUCAACAUCUGUGAUAUGUGUUCAUUAUGUAAAUAUGGUACAUGUAUAUAUUUCUG